AUGGCGCAGUUCCGAUCAAAGAAGCUCGACCUGGGCUGUUUCAUCAAUCCCAAAAUUAUCCGUGAUCACACCAAGCGGAAGACAUUCGAACAGUUUGAACCACAACGACAAGCGCUCCGAUAUCUCAUCCGCAACACCUCACUCCCCGACUGGGUCCGUACGAAAGCGCAGUUCGAACUGAGGAACAUGCACUGCUACACGAGGCCAACGCAGAUCAAGAACCGCUGUAUAAUGGGUGGUCUGGCAAGAGGUGUAUUACGAAAGUUUAGGAUGGCCAGGUUUCAGUUCCGAAUGAACGCUUUGGACGGCACCAUACCAGGCGUCAAGAAAGCCAGUUGGUGA